CCGCAGCUUCCCGCGCACUCCAGUCCCUGGCUGCCUUGGCCUCGGCCCCACUUCCCUUCUGCUAAGCCCCGCGUCCUCCUCUAACCUCGGGUCUGGACUGGCGAGCAGCGGGGCUGGGAAAGUUUGAGUCACGGUGGGGGGAGCGGAGGAGGCGGGGCCGUGACCCUGAACGGGGUGGGCUCUAGGGCCCGCCUCCGGCUCCCAGCAGGGGGACCCCGCCGCGCGCCCCUGUCCCGCGAGCACCCAGAGCGAGGCGCUGCGCGGCAGCCGCGCUUUGGGCGGCCUCUGGUUCACCAGGGUGACUGCGCUCGCUACGACCUGUCACCGCAGUGGCGAACCAGUCGGUCGCGCCCAGCAUGAUGCCCCGGGCACCGCUCCUGCAGCUGUUGGUGGCAGUCUCCGCCGCUGCGGCGGUGACUGGAGCGCCCGGGACCGUGCUGCCCCCCACCACGGGGGACGCCACUCUGGCCUUCGUCUUCGAUGUCACUGGCUCCAUGUGGGACGACCUGAUGCAGGUGAUCGACGGCGCCUCCCGCAUUUUGGAGCGGACCCUGAGCAGCCGCAGCCAGGCCAUCGCCAACUACGUGCUGGUGCCCUUCCACGACCCAGAUAUUGGCCCAGUGACCCUCACAGCAGACCCAGUGGUGUUUCAGAAGGAGCUGAGAGAACUCUACGUGCAGGGAGGUGGCGACUGCCCAGAGAUGAGCGUGGGGGCCAUCAAGGCCGCCGUGGAGGUCGCCAACCCCGGCUCCUUCAUCUACGUCUUCUCGGAUGCCCGAGCCAAGGACCACCACAAGAAGGAGGAGCUGCUGCAGCUCCUGCAGCUGAAGCAGUCACAGGUGGUCUUCGUGCUAACGGGGGACUGUGGUGACCGCACGCAUCCUGGCUACCUGGCCUACGAGGAGAUCGCCUCCACCAGCUCUGGGCAGGUGUUCCACCUGGACAAGCAGCAAGUGGCAGAGGUGCUGAAGUGGGUGGAGUCGGCCAUCCAGGCCUCCAAGGUGCACCUGCUGUCCACAGACCACGAGGAGGAGGGCGAGCACACGUGGAGGAUCCCAUUUGACCCCAGCCUGAAGGAGGUCACCGUCUCGCUGAGCGGGCCUGGGCCUGAGAUCGAAGUCCGGGACCCGCUGGGGAGGAUCCUGCAGAAGGAUGAGGGCCUCCAUGUCCUCCUCAGCAUUCCCGACUCAGCCAAGGUCGUGGCCUUCAAGCCUGAGCACCCUGGGCUCUGGUCCAUCAAGGUCUACAGCAGUGGCCGCCAUUCUGUGAGAAUCACGGGCAUCAGCAACAUCAACUUCCGAGCCGGCUUCUCCACCCAGCCCUCCCUGGAUCUCAACCACACCAUCGAGUGGCCUUUGCAAGGGGUGCCCAUCUCCCUGGUGAUCAACUCUACCGGCCUGCAGGCGCCUGGCCGCCUGGACUCCGUGGAGCUCACGCACCACUCAGGGCGGCCCCUCCUGACUCUGCCCGCGCAGCCCCUCUCCAACGGCUCCGCCCAGCAGCUGUGGGGCGGGCCACCCUUCCACGCGCCCCAGGAGCGCUUCUAUCUCAAAGUGAAGGGCAAGGACCACGAAGGAAAUGCCCUGCUCCGAGUCUCUGGCGUUUCCUACAGUGGGGUGGCCCCAGGUGCCCCCCUGGUCAGCAUGCCACCUCGGAUCCAUGGCUACCUGCACCAGCCCCUGCUGGUCUCCUGCUCUGUGUACAGCUCCCUGCCCUUCCGGCUUCAGCUGCAGCGUGAUGGCGCCAGGCUGGGCGAGGAGAGGCACUUCCAGGAGUCCGGAAACAGCAGCUGGGAGAUCCCCCGGGCCUCCAAGGCGGAGGAAGGCAGCUACGAGUGCACGGCGGUCAGCAGGGCUGGCACCGGGCGGGGGAAGGCCCAGGUCAUUGUUACAGAUCCCCCACCGCAGCUGGUCCCUGGCCCCAACGUGACUGUGUCCCCCGGAGAGACCGCCGUCCUAUCGUGCCAAGUCCUGGACCAAGCCCCCUACAAUCUGACGUGGGUCCGGGACUGGCGGGUCCUGCCAUCCUCAAGGGACCGAGUCACCCAGCUGGCCGACCUGUCCCUGGAGGUCAGCAGCAUCAUCCCCAGUGAUGCUGGACGGUACCAGUGUGUGGCCAGCAAUGCCAAUGGGGUCACCCGGGCAUCCACCUGGCUCCUGGUGCGAGAGGCCCCGCAGGUCAGCAUCGACACCAGGUCCCAGCACUUCUCCCAGAGCCAGGAGGUGAAGAUCAGCUGCUCGGCCUCGGGGUACCCCACACCCCACAUCUCCUGGAGCCGAGAGGGCCUGGCCCUGCAAGACGACGGCAGAGUCCAAGUGGACACCCAGGGGACGCUGACCAUUCGGGGGUUAGCCCCUGAGGAUGCUGGGAAUUACAGCUGCCAGGCUACCAACGAGGUUGGCAGAGACGAGGAGACGGUCACCCUCUACUAUACAGAGCCACCGUCCAUCUCCGCCGUCAACGCCGUGGUGCUCGCAGCCGUGGGGGACGAAGCUGUGCUGGUGUGCAAGGCGUCUGGGGUCCCCCCACCCCGAGUCAUCUGGUAUCGAGGGGGUCUGGAGAUGAUUCUGGCCCCUGAGGCCUCCAGCUCCGGGAGGCUGCGGAUCCCCGCGGCUCGGGAGAGGGACGCUGGCGUCUACACCUGCCGGGCCGUCAACGAGCUGGGCGGCGCCUCUGCGGAGAUCCAGCUGGAGGUUGGACAUGCGCCUCGGGUGACAGAGCUACCUCAGGAAGUUACCGUGGAGCUGGGCAGGAGUGCCUUCCUGACAUGCCGGGCCACGGGUCGCCCACCCCCAACGGUCACCUGGCGUCGUGGAGAUGGCCAGCCCCUGGGGCCCAGGAGGGGCAGCAAGAAUGGCCAGUGGGAUUCAGGAGUGUUGUUCUUUGAAAGCGCGGCCCCUGAAGACCAGGCCCCCUAUGUGUGUGAAGCUCGGAACGUCUUUGGGAAGGUCCAGGCCGAGACGCGGCUCUCCGUCACUGGGCAUGCCCCCCCACAGAUCGCCAGCAGCGCCUCCACCGUCCGGGUCCUGGAGGGGCAGCCUGUGUCCUUGCCCUGCAUCACCCUGGCCGGGAGGCCCCUCCCCGAGAGGCGCUGGCUCAAGGCGGGCCUGCCUCUCCCCCCGGGCAGCCGGCACUCUGUCCGAGCGGACGGCAGCCUCCACCUUGACCGGGCACUGAGAGAGGACGCGGGCAGGUACAGCUGUGUGCUCACCAACCUGGCCGGCUCCCAGCACCGCGACGUGGAGCUGCUCGUCCAGGUGCCACCUAGGAUCCGUCCCUCUGCCACCCACCACAUCACCAACGAAGGGGUCCCGGCUUCCCUCCCCUGCCUCGCCUCUGGAGUCCCCACCCCCACCGUCUCCUGGACCAAGGAAGCCCGAGCCCUGAGCUCCGGGGGUCCCCGCUACAACGUGAGCAAGGACGGCACCCUGGUCAUCACCCAGCCGUCCCCUCAGGAUGCAGGGGCCUACGUGUGCACUGCCACCAACGCCGUGGGCUUCUCCAGCCAGGAGAUGCGGCUCUCUGUCAACACCAAGCCCAAGAUCAAGGUGAAUGGGUCCCAUGAUGCAGAUGUGCCUCAGAGAGUCACAGCAAAGGCCGGCGAAGAGGUGACCCUGGACUGUGAGGCCCAGGGCUCCCCACCCCCACUGGUCACCUGGACAAAGGACUCGCGCCCUCUGCUGUCCGUCGCUGACAGGCACAGCCUCCUCCCAUCCGGCUCCCUGCGCCUGGCCCAGGCCCAGGAGGGUGACAGUGGCCUCUACGAUGUUGGAGGGCGCAGGCCCAGCCUCGAGAGCCUGUGGGGUAGUGACCUGGUGCCUGCCCAGGGGUCACUCUGUGCGAGGCCCCCACUGGUCUCGCUGGGAGAGCCGCCACACUGGGUUGCCGAUGAGACCAGUGGCCUGCUGGAGCGAGUGGCCGGAGAGAACGCCAGCCUGCCGUGCCCAGCCAGAGGGACGCCCCAGCCGCAGGUCACAUGGCGGAAGGGCCCAUCCGCAGAGCCCCUGCCGGGCCGGCCAGGUGUGGCAGUGCUGGAGGAAGGGUCCCUGUUCCUGUCCUCGGUCUCGCCCUCGGACAGUGGGGAGUACGAGUGCCAAGCCACAAACGAGGCGGGCUCCGCGUCCAGGAGAGCCAGGCUGGUGGUCUACGUGCCCCCCAGCAUCCGAGAGGAUGGGCACAAGGCCAACGUGUCGGGCAUGGCCGGGCAGGCUCUGACGCUGAAGUGUGACGCAAAUGGCUUUCCAGCCCCUGAGAUCACGUGGCUCAAGGAUGGGCAGCUGGUGGGUGUCCCCUGGGAUGGCCUCUCCCCGGGCCUGUCCUUCCCAGCACCCCCCACCAUCUGGGGCUCUAACGAGACAGGCGAGGUGGCCGUCAUGGAGGGCCACCCAGUGCGGUUCCUGUGUGAGGCCCGAGGAGUGCCCACGCCUGAUAUCACCUGGUUCAAGGAUGGGGCCCCGCUGGCCCCCAGCACUGAGGUGGUCUACAGCAGGGGCGGCCGGCAGCUGCAGCUGGCGAGGGCCCAGGACUCGGACGCUGGUGUCUAUACCUGCAAGGCCAGCAACCCCGUGGGGGCUGCAGAGAAGGCCACCAGGCUGGAGGUCUAUGUCCCACCCUCCAUCGAGGGCGCUGGCGGAGGGCCCUAUGCGGUGCAGACCGUGGCUGGGAGGCCAGUGGCGCUGGAGUGUGUGGCCAGAGGCCGGCCACCCCCCACACUGUCCUGGUACCACGAGGGGCUGCCUGUGGUGGAGAGCAACGGGACGUGGCUACAGGCAGGUGACAGUGUGCUGAGGCUGGAGAGCCUGGGAGAGGCGUCCGGAGGCCUGUACAGCUGCGUGGCCAGCAGCCCGGCCGGGGAGGCGGUGCUGCAGUACUCCGUGGAGGUGCAGGUUCCCCCGCAGCUCCUGGUGGCCGAAGGCCUGGGCCAGGUGACCGCCCUGGUGGGACAGCCCUUGGACCUUCUCUGCCAGGCCUCAGGCUCCCCGAUGCCUACCAUCCAGUGGCUGCAGAACGGCCGCCCAGCUGAGGAGCUGCCUGGGGUUCAGGUGGCCCUGCAGGGGUCCACACUGCGGGUCAGUCAUGUGGAGCUGGGCCACGCGGGUCUCUUCGCCUGCCAGGCCACCAACGAGGCGGGCACCGCGGGUGCGGAGGUGGAGGUGUCUGUGCAUGAACUGCCGUCGGUCAGCAUCAUGGGGGGUGAGAACGUCACGGCCCUUUUCCUGCAGCCCGUGGCCCUCCAGUGCGUCGGGGCUGGAGUGCCUCCCCCAAGCCUCCGCUGGUGGAAGGAUGGGGUGGCCCUGGCCACCUCAGGGGGGAGCCUGCAGAUCGAGAAGGUGGACCUGAGGGAUGAAGGCGUGUACACCUGUACGGCCACCAACCUGGCUGGGGAGAGCCAGGGGCACGUGGCCCUAAAGGUUCUGGUGCCCCCCAGCAUCGAGCCAGGCCCAGUCAACAAGGCUGUGCUGGAAAACGCCUCGGUGACCUUGGAGUGCCUGGCUUCGGGAGUGCCCCCUCCCGAGGUCUCCUGGUUCAAGGGCCGCCAGCCUAUCUCUUCUCGGACGGGGGCGACAGUGUCAGCUGAUGGGAGGGCCCUCCUCAUCGAGCGAGCUCGACUCUCGGAUGCUGGGAGCUACCGCUGUGUGGCAUCCAAUGUGGCAGGCAGCACAGAGCUACAGCUUGGCCUGCGGGUCAAUGUGCCUCCCCAAAUCACUCUGCCGCCCAGUCUGCCGGGCCCAGUGCUGCUCGGUGCCCCCGUCCGCCUGACCUGCAAUGCCACUGGUGCCCCCAGCCCCACGCUGAUGUGGCUGAAGGAUGGGAACCCUGUGUCCACUGCGGGGACCCCUGGCCUCCAGGUCUUUCCCGGGGGCCGGGUCCUCACCGUGGCCAGUGCCCGGACCUCCGACUCUGGCAGCUACUCCUGUGUGGCUGUGAGCGCCGUGGGAGAAGACCGCAGGGACGUGGUCCUACAAGUCCACAUGCCCCCGAGCAUCCUGGGGGAAGAGCUGAACGUGUCCGUCGUGGCCAACGAGUCGGUGGCCCUGGAGUGCCAGAGCCACGCCGUGCCCCCUCCUGUGCUGAGCUGGCGGAAGGACGGGAGGCCCCUGCACCUGCGGCCCGGGGUCCGCCUCUCCGCAGACAAGGCCUUGCUGCAGGUGGACAGAGCCGAGCCGUGGGACGCGGGCCACUACACCUGUGAGGCUCUGAACCGGGCCGGCCGCUCGGAGAAGCACUUCAACCUGAACGUCUGGGUGGCUCCAGAGUUCCCCUCGAGCAAGCCCCGCACCCUGACCGUCAACGAGGGCCACCCCGCCAGGCUGUCCUGCGAGUGCCAGGGCGUCCCCCACCCCAAGAUCUCCUGGAAGAAGGACGUGCCCCCGCACAUCGCUGGCCCCUGGGAGCCCCACUCGCUGGUCCCCGUGGUCCAAGGCGGGGAGGCCAGCCUGGAGUGCAAUGCCACCGGGAAUCCCCCGCCCACGGUGACCUGGGAGAGGGACGGCCAGCCCCUGGGAGCUGAGCCUGGCCUACAGCUGCAGAACCAGGGCCACCGCCUGCACGUGGAGCAGGCCCGGGCUGCCCAGGCUGGACACUACAGCUGCGUGGCUGAGAACGUGGCCGGGAGGGCCGAGAGGAGGUUCACGCUCUCGGUGCUGGUGCCCCCAGAGCUUGUGGGAGACCCGGACCUGCUGACCAACGUCACCACUGCCUUGCAUGGCCCCUUGACGCUGCUCUGUGAAGCCACCGGGGUCCCGCCCCCAGCCGUCCGCUGGUUCCAAGAGGAGGAGCCCAUCGACCCUGGGGAGGACACCUACCUUUUGGCAGGUGGCUGGAUGCUGAAGAGGACCCAGGCACAGGAACGGGACCGAGGCCUCUACUCCUGCCUGGCGAACAACGAGGCUGGGGAGGCGCGGAGGAACUUCAGCGUGGAGGUGCUGGUUCCUCCCAGCAUUGAGAAUGAGGACCUGGAGGAGGUGGUCAGAGUCACCGAGGGACAGACAGCCCAGCUGACGUGCAAGGCCACGGGCCACCCCCCACCCCAGGUCACAUGGUUCAAAGACGGCCGGCCCCUGGCUGGUGGAGACGAUGCAACCCUCCUGCAGAUCCCCCAGGCCAGCUUGUCCAGUGCCGGCCACUACUCUUGCGUGGCAGCCAACAGCAUUGGGGAGAAGACCAAGCAUGUCCAGCUUAGUGUCCUGGUGGCUCCCAGCAUCCUGGGAGUGACGGAGGACAGUGCAGACGAAGAGGUGACGGUGAUCGUCAACAACCCCAUCUCCCUGAUCUGCGAGGCGCUGGCCUACCCCUCCCCCAACAUCACCUGGAUGAAGGACGGGGUCCCUUUUGAGGCCUCCAAGAACAUCCAGCUGCUUCCAGGUACCCACGGGCUGCAGAUCUUGGAUGCCCAGAAGGAGGACGCCGGUCAGUACACCUGUGUGGUCACCAACGAACUCGGGGAGGCCAUGAAGAACUACCACGUGGAGGUCCUCGUUCCCCCUUCCAUCUCCAAAGACGACCCCCUGGGGGCGGUCAGCGUGAAGGAGGUGAAGGCCAAGGUGAACAGCACGCUCACCCUGGAGUGCCAGUGCUGGGCCGCGCCCCCGCCCUCCAUCAGCUGGUACAAGGACGGGCGGCCCGUGGCCCCCGGGCAGCGCCUCCGCGUCCUAGGGGAGGGGCGGCUGCUCCAGAUCCAGCCCACUCAGGUCUCCGACUCCGGCCGAUACCUGUGCGUGGCCACCAACGUGGCUGGGGAGGAUGACCAGGACUUCAACGUGCUCAUCCAGGUGCCCCCCAUGUUCCAGAAGGUAGGAGAGGCUGGUGCACCCUUCGAGAUCCUGUCCCACGAGGAGGAGGCCCUGGGUGGGGUGACGGAAUACCGGGAGGUUGUGGAGAGCAACCCAGCCUACCUGUACUGCGACACCAAUGCCAUCCCGCCCCCCGAGCUCACCUGGUACAGGGAGGACCAGCCCCUCUCGGCCACGGAUGGCGUCUCUGUGCUACAAGGAGGCCGGAUCCUGCAGAUCCCCCUGGUGCGGGCUGAGGAUGCCGGGAGGUACUCGUGCAAGGCCUCCAACGAGGUGGGCGAGGACUGGCUGCACUACGAGCUGCUGGUGCUGACCCCGCCUGUGAUCUUGGGUGACACAGAGGAGCUGGUGGAGGAGGUGACCGUCAACGCCAGCAGCAGCGUCAGCCUCCAGUGCCCGGCCCUGGGCAACCCCCCGCCCACCCUCUCGUGGCUCCAGAACGGGCUGCCUUUCUCCCCAAGUCCACGGCUGCAGGUCCUAGAGGAUGGACACGUGUUGCAGGUGUCUACGGCAGAGGUGGCCGACGCUGCCAGCUACAUGUGUGUGGCCCAGAACCAGGCAGGCUCCGCGGAGAAGCUCUUCACCCUCAGGGUCCAAGUCCCACCACGAAUCACAAGCCAGCACUCGGAGCAGGUCACCACCAUCCUCAACAGCAGCGUCUCUCUCCCCUGUGAAGUCCACGCACACCCGAGCCCCGAGGUCACGUGGUACAAGGACGGCCAGGCCCUCUCCCUGGGGGAGGAUGCUUUCCUGCUGCCUGGCACCCACACGCUGCGGCUGGCGCGGGUCCAGCAGUCGGACUCAGGGACGUACCUGUGUGAAGCCCUCAACGCCGCCGGCCGCGACCAGAGAGCAGUGCAGCUGAGCGUGCUGGUUCCCCCAACCUUUAGGCGGGCUCCCAACAGCCCCCAGGAGACAGUCCUGGUGCAGGUUGGGGACAAGGCUGUCCUAAGCUGUGAGACAGACUCGCUUCCAGAACCGGCUGUGACCUGGUACAAGGACCGGCAGCCCCUGGCCCUGGCCCAGCGGACCCGGGUUCUGCAGAGUGGACAGAGGCUGGAGAUCCUCCCGCCUCAGGUGUCGGACAAGGGUGUGUACAGCUGCCAAGUCAGGAAUGCGGCGGGGGAGGCCACGCGGACCUUCAUCCUCACCGUCCAGGUGCCCCCAACGUUUGAGAACCCCCAGACGGAGACAGUGAGCCAGACGGCGGGGAGCCCGCUGGUCCUAGCCUGUGAUGUGUCAGGGGUCCCCGCGCCCACUGUUACGUGGCUGAAAGACAGAAUGCCCGUGGAGAGCAACGUGGAGCGCCGUGUGGUCUCUCGGGGAGGCCGCCUCCAGCUGAGCGGCCUGCAGCCGGCCCAGGCUGGCACCUACACCUGUGUGGCGGAGAACGCCCUGGCCGAGGCUCGCAAGGACUUCGUGGUGGCCGUGCUGGAGGCCCCCCGGAUAAGGAGCUCGGGCACUGCGCAGGAGCACAGCGUGUUGGAGGAGCAGGAGGUGCGGCUGGACUGCGAGGCCGAGGGGCAGCCGCCUCCCGACGUGGCCUGGCUGAAGGACGGCAGCCCGCUGGGCCAGGGCGCAGGCCCCCACCUCCGGUUCUACCUGGACGGCGGCUCCUUGGUGUUGAAGGGCCUCAGGGCCUCGGACUCGGGCGCCUACACCUGCGUGGCCCACAACUCGGCUGGGGAGGACGCCAGGCUGCACACCGUGAACGUGCUGGUUCCUCCCACCAUUGAUCAGGGAGCAGGCAGCGCAGGGACCCUGGUGAGCAGGCCGGGGGAGAUGGUGACCAUGGCGUGCCCUGUCCAGGGCUCUCCGCCCAUCCACAUGAGCUGGCUCAAGGACGGCCUGCCCCUCCCGCUCUCCCAACGCACCCUCCUCCACAGCUCUGGUCGCACCCUCAGGAUUUCUCAGGUGCACCUGGAAGAUUCCGGCACCUUCGCUUGCGUGGCCGUGAGCCCGGCAGGAGUGGCCGACAGGAACUUCACCCUGCAGGUGCUCGAGCCCCCCAUCCUGGAGCCGGUGGAGUUCCAGAAUGAUGUCGUGGUGGCCCGGGGCUCCUCGGUGGUCCUCCCGUGUGAGGCCCGGGGCAGCCCCCCGCCCCUCGUGUCGUGGGUGAAGGAUGGGCAGCCCUUCCUGCCGCAGAGCCUGGAGCAGGGGCCUGGCCUGCAGCUGUGGACGGUGGGGGUUGGCGACUCGGGGACCUACUCCUGCGUGGCCGUGAGCGAGGCCGGCGAGGCGCGGAGACGUUUCCAGCUGACCGUGAUGGAUCCCCCCUACAUUGAAGACUCCGGCCAGCCUGCAGAGCUGUCGCUAGCCCCGGGAGCCCCCCUGGAGCUCCUGUGUGACGCCCAAGGCAUGCCCCCACCCAACGUCACCUGGCACAAGGAUGAACGGGCCCUGGAGGACCACAGCUCCGCCGGGCAGGCGCUCCGGGUGGAGGCCGUGCAGGUCAGUGAUGCUGGGCUGUACACCUGCCUGGCUGAGAACCCUGCAGGAAAAGUGGAGAAGAGUUUCCGGGUCAGGGUUCAAGCCCCUCCAAAUGUCAUUGGGCCCCGCGGGCCCCGCUCUGUGAUUGGCCUGGCCCCUGGCCAGCUGGUCCUGGAGUGCUCUGUGGAGGCAGAGCCCAUGCCCAAGAUCGAGUGGCACCGAGACGGCAUCCUGCUGCAGGCGGACGCCCACACGCAGUUCCCCGAGGAGGGCAGGUUCCUCCAGCUCCAGGCCCUGAGCACAGCGGACGGCGGGGACUACAGCUGCACUGCUCACAACGAUGCGGGCAGCUCCAGCGUGGCCUUCCGUGUGGAGAUCCACACUGUGCCCACCAUCCAGCCCGGACCAUCUGUGGUGAACACCUCUGUGAACCAGACCGCCCUGCUGCCCUGCCAGGCCCGUGGCACGCCCCCGCCCGCCGUGAGCUGGCGAAAGGAUGGGGCGCCACUGGAUCCCGGGAACUCCAGGUUGGAAGUUCUGCCCGAGGGUUCUCUGAGGAUCCAGCCAGUCCUCACCCAGGAUGCUGGCCACUACCUGUGCCUGGCCUCCAACUCCGCCGGCUCUGACCGACAGGGCCGUGACCUCCAGGUCUUGGAGCCUCCAGUCAUCGCCCCUGGCCCUUCCAAUGUGACCCUGACUGCCCACAGCCCGGCCUCACUGCCCUGUGAGGCCAGUGGCUCCCCCAAGCCUCUGGUGGUCUGGUGGAAGGAUGGACAGAAGCUGGACUUCCACCUGCAGCAGGGCGCCUACCGGCUCCUGCCCUCCAACGCCCUGCUCCUCGCCGCCCCCGGCCCCCAAGACUCAGCCCAGUUUGAGUGUGUGGUGAGCAACGAGCUGGGCGAGGCCCGAAGGCUGUACCGGGUGACUGUGCAGGUGCCACCCACCAUCGCAGAUGACCAGACGGACUUCACUGCGGCCAGGAUGGCCCCUGUGAUCCUCACGUGCCACAGCGCAGGCGUGCCGGCCCCAGUCGUGUCCUGGAGCAAGGCAGGCUCCCAGCUGGGGGCCAGGGGGAGCGGCUACCGCGUCCUGCCUUCAGGUGCCCUGGAGAUCGGGCAGGCCCUCCCCAUCCAUGCCGGCCGCUACACCUGUACUGCCCGCAACUCUGCCGGCAUGGCACGCAAACACGUGGUCCUUGCUGUGCACGCGUCCCCUGUGGUGAAGCCGCUGCCCAGCGAGGUUCGGGUCAUGGCAGGGGAGGAGGUGCUGCUGCCCUGUGAGGCCUCAGGGGUCCCCCGGCCGAGCGUCACCUGGCAGAAGGAGGGGCUCAGCCUCCCCACAGGUGUGAGGACCCGGGUCCUACCCAGGGGACAGCUGCAGAUCGUCCACGCCCGUCCCGAGGAUGCUGGGAACUACUUCUGCCUCGCCCAGAACGGGGUGGGCAGCGCCAUGGGGAAGACGCGGCUGGUGGUGCAAGUGCCCCCCGUGAUCGACAACAGCCUCCCCGACCUGUCUGCCCCUGAGGGCUCCCACGCCCUCCUGCCCUGCGUGGCCAGGGGCAGCCCCGAGCCCGACAUCACCUGGGAGAAGGACGGCCAGCCCGUGUCUGCAGCCGGGGGCAGGGUCAGCGUCCAGCCUUCUGGGGAGCUGCUGGUGAAGAACUCGGAGGGCCAGGACGCCGGCACUUACACUUGUACAGCAGAGAACGCCGUGGGCCGGGCUCGCCGCCGAGUGCAUCUCACCAUCCUGGCGCUGCCUGUCUUCACCACCCUGCCUGGGGACCGCAGCCUGCGCCUCGGGGACAGGCUGUGGCUUCGCUGUGCGGCCCGUGGCAGCCCAACCCCCCGCCUUGGCUGGACCAUCAACGACAGGCCCGUCACAGAUGGGGUGUCUGAGCAGGACGGGGGCAGCACCCUGCAGCGGGCGGCCGUCACCAAAGAGGACAGCGGGACCUACGUCUGCUGGGCUGAGAACAGAGUGGGCCGAGUGCAGGCGGUCAGCUUCGUCCACGUGAAGGAGGCUCCAGUCCUACAAGGAGAGGCCUUCUCCUACCUGGUGGAGCCUGUAGGGGGCAGCAUCCGGCUGGAUUGUGUGGUCCAUGGAGACCCAGCACCAGACAUCCGCUGGACCAAAGAUGGCCUUCCGCUGCCCCGCAGCCGUGCCCGCCACUGGCUGCAGAACGGCUCGCUGACCAUCCUAAGGACCGAGCCAGACGACGCGGGACAGUACCAGUGCCUGGCUGAAAACGAGAUGGGCACCGUGAAGAGAGUGGUGACCCUCGUGCUUCAGAGUGCCCCAGUGUUCCAGGUGGAGCCCCAGGACGUGACAGUGAGAUCCGGGGAGGACGUGGUGCUGCGGUGCCAGGCCACCGGGGAGCCCAGGCCCACCGUCAAGUGGCUGCAGGCAGGUCGACCUUUGCAGACCGGCCAGCGGCUGCGGACCCUGCCGGAUGGGAGCCUGUGGCUGGAGCGCGCAGAGGCUGCGGAUGCCGGAGCCUAUGAGUGUGUCGCCCACAACCUCCUGGGCUCUGCCACAGCCCGGGCUUUCCUGGCAGUGAGAGAGGACCCCCAGGGGAGCCGGGGCAGCAUGGUUGGGGUGAUCAACGGCCAGGAAUUCGGCGUGGCUGCUCUCAACACCAGUGUGCAGCAGGAGGCGCGUUCCGGGGUCACCACCAUCCAGAGCAGCAUCAGCCACAUCCCGGCAAAUGUGGGGCCUCUGAUGCGGGUGCUGGUGGUCGCCAUUGCCCCCAUCUACUGGGCCUUGGCUGGAGAGAGCGGCGAGGCCCUGAACGGCCACUCCCUGACCGGUGGCAGCUUCCGGCAAGAGUCUCACGUGGAGUUUGCCACAGGGGAGCUGCUCACAAUGACCCAGGUGGCUCGGGGCCUGGAUCCGAACGGACUCCUGCUCCUCGAUGUGGUGGUCCAUGGCAUGGUGCCCGACGGCCUGGCUGACGCAGAUCUUCAGAUGCAGGACUUCCAGGAGCACUAUGUGCAGACAGGGCCCGGCCAGCUCUUCGUGGGCUCCACACAGCGCUUCCUCCAGGACAGCCUCCCUGCGCUCCUGCGCUGCAACCACACCAUCCAGUACGACGCAGCGCGGGGCCCCCAGCCCCAGCUGGUGCAGCACCUGCGGGCCUCCGCUAUCAGCUCAGCCUUUGACCCCGAGGCGGAGGCCCUGCACUUCCAGCUGACCACAGCCCUGCAGACGGAGGAGGAUGAAGUUGGCUGCCCCGAGGGCUUUGAGCUGGACACCCAGGGAGAGUUUUGUGUGGACAGGGACGAGUGCCUGGGCGGCCCCUGCUCCCACUCCUGCCUCAACGCACCUGGCCGCUUCUCCUGCGCCUGCCCGUCAGGCUUCACCCUGGCCUGGGAUGACAGGACCUGCAGAGACGUGGACGAGUGUGCGUGGGAUGCCCACCUCUGCCCAGAGGGUCAGCGCUGCGUGAACCUGCUGGGCUCCUACCACUGCCUCCCCGACUGUGGGCCGGGCUUCCGGGUGGCUGCUGAUGGAGCCAGCUGUGAAGAUGUGGACGAAUGCAUGGAGCAGCUGGACGGAUGCCACCACAGCCAGCUCUGUGAGAACAGCCCAGGCGGGCACCGCUGCAGCUGCCCCCGGGGGUACCGCACCCAGGGCCCCGGCCUUCCCUGCCUAGAUGUCAACGAGUGUCUGCAGCUGCCCAGGCCCUGCCCCUACCAGUGCCACAACCUCCAGGGCAGCUUUCGCUGCCUGUGCCCACCGGGCCACACCCUCCUCCGCAAUGGCAAGGGCUGCACCCUACUGGAGCAGAGUGCACACAAUGUGACCACCAUCAACUACCCGGGCCCCUCUGCGCCCUGGCUACAGCCCCGGGUGUCCGUCCCUGGCCGCCCCUUCCAUACCUGGGCCUCCCUCCGCCCAGGGCCGGGAGCCCUGAGCAGCGUGGACCGGGCCUGGUGCCCGCCUGGCUUCAUCAGGCAGAAUGGCAUCUGCACGGACCUGGAUGAGUGUCGGCUAAAGACCCUGUGUCAGCACGCCUGCCGCAACACCCAGGGCAGUUACCGCUGCCUCUGCCCUGCGGGCUACCGCCUCCUCCCCAGCGGCAAGAACUGUCAGGACAUCAACGAGUGUGAGGAAGGCAGCAUCGAGUGUGGGCCUGGCCAGAUGUGCUUCAACACCCGAGGCAGCUACCAGUGUGUGGACACGCCCUGUCCCGCCACCUACCGGCAGGGCCCCAGCCCCGGGACUUGCUUCCGCCGCUGCUCGCUGGACUGCAGCGCCGGCGGCCCGUCCACGUUGCAGUACCGGCUGCUGCCGCUGCCCCUGGGCGUCCGCGCCCACCACGACGUGGCGCGCCUGGCCGCCUUCUCCGAGGCCGGAGUUCCCGCCAACCUCACGGAGCUCAGCGUGCUGGAGCCCGACCCCCGCAGCCCGUUUGCUCUGCGCGCGCUGCGCUCGGGACACGGCGCCGUCUACACCCGCCGCGCGCUCACCCGCGCGGGCCUCUACCGGCUCACCGUGCGCGCCGCGGCGCCGCGCCACCAGAGCGUGUUCGUCCUGCUCAUCGCUGUGUCGCCCUACCCCUACUGAAGGGGAGAAGGUCAUCGGCUCCAGCUCGAUGGCUGGUGUGACCCCCGGGGGGUGGGGAGGAGCCGGGCCACCCCACCAUCCGGGCCAAGCUGCGGGAAGGACAGGGUGGCCCUGGUCCGUGACACCUGCUGUGGCAAGUGGAACGUCCUCUUCUCCGGCCCCGUGCGUCAGCGGAACUUUCGGUAAACACGGCCCUGCGAACAGCCUUGACCCCUGGACAGCGAGCUGCCCUUAGGUAGCACAGCCACAGGCUGGGGGCGGGGGAGGGGGCGUGAAGCCUCCUGGGACACUGGGAGGGGGCUGUCCCCAUCCACACCCACACUGUCAUCCUGAACCCAGUGUGUGUAAUAUAAAAGCAAGUGUUUCUAACCCA